AUGGCCAAUAUACCACACUCGUGCCUUAUUGCUUAAACAUCCUCUAUCUAGCUCUGACAACAGGCACACUUCUCAUUUAAAGUAAUUGUUUUUUAUUGCCUAAAUGCCACGUGCGUCCACUCCAGUGUAUUUGUAACAACCUAACUAUUACGAAACGUAUAUUCGAUUAAAUCCGCCUCGUGUAGGAAAUUAGCAAAUAAUAAUUGUUGUUGACCAAAUUCACUAUGAGGGGAUUCGAUUAAUCCGACCCGGGUGAAAGUUGAUUGUAAUUCGCUUGGUACCGCGCCGUCUCCUGGGCGUGUGCCAGGAACCCGUUUCAAAGACCACGGCAAAAUUGCCUCAAAACAAAAUAUGGACCAACAGGUGGACGACGACAGGGUUUUGUUCCCCACUGCUGUGUCGGAGGAAGUGCUCGUGGAGGCGCGGCGUAAACAUGCCAUCUGCCGGCUCUUUGGGUCCAGCAGCAUUUUCCUAUCAUCUGAAAGCCGGAGAGGGGACCGGCCUGAUCUCGUUAACAUUUUAACAAACAAAGCCAUUGAACACUAUGAGAAUGGAGAAGAGGCAAUGGCAGAGUCCCAAUUUUCAAAGGCUGUGACAUUCUUCACCAAAGCUAUCCAUCUUCAGCCGAAACAGACCCAGCUCUAUGUGAGCCAGGCGGAGGCCUAUUUACAGUUAUGUGACUUCCAGUCUGCAGUCGUCAGCUACAGGCAUGCCUGCCUCCUGGAGCCUCAUACUAAGACCUUACACACACGUCUAGCCUUCAUCUAUUACCUACAGGGCCAAUGUUUGUAUGAUAAGGGCAUGUUUCUGGAUGCUCUGGAGUCGUUUGCCAAGGCCGCCGAGCUCAAGCCUAGCUGCAGGUCAUAUCACAUGAGGAGCCUGGCAUGUCUGACGGCCCUGGGCCGCUAUACUGACUGUCUGAGGCUGGUCAGUAACUGGCUGGAGGCAGACUCUCAGACCGCAGAUCUGUUCACCCUCAGAGCACGGCUCCACAAACAGCUCAACCAGGUAAAAAUGUGCUACCAUGAUCUGAGGUCCGCUUUGAUUCUCAGUCCGUCGUGCCCAGAGGCAGGUGCCCUGCUGGGCCAACUAGAGGAGGCCAGUGAAAGGGCCAGGCAGCAGGCCGUCAGCAGGGCCUUGGCAGGGGAGCUCACAGAGGCCCUGUCCAAGAUCAACACAGCCCUGGAGCAUUGCCCUGAGACUGGGCGGCACUACCUCUUCAGGGGUAUUCUGUACCGCAGGCUGAAAGAGUUUACUGCUGCCAUUGAGGACUUGGUCCUGGCUGUGGAGCUGAGUGAGGCUGGAGAUGCGGGAGACCAGGGGUCGGAGCUGAGCGGACACACCCAGGAAGACUGGAGGGCCGUGCAGGGAGAGGCCCAGGUCCAGCUGGUGCUCACCUACAACGACUUUGCUGUGCAGUGCUUCUCCCGUAGCUUCUACACAGAGGCAGUCCUGCUGCUCAACAAGGCCAUCCAGGAGCAGAAGGAGGAGAGUGGCCUCUACAUCAACAGAGGAGACUGUUUCUUCAAGCAGGAUGAGUGGGAGUUUGCCCUGGCUGACUACCAGCAGGCAAAGGAGAUCUCUCCUGAUGACCAGGUCAUUAGGAUCCGCCUCGCUGUCAUCCACAACACCCUGGGAACACACUGCUACCAGGACCGGAAGUACCAGGAGGCAGCUGACAAGUUCUCUGAGGCCAUCAAUUAUAACCCUGGAGUUAGCCGGUACUAUGAGAACCGAGCCAAAGCCCACAGUAAACUGCCCAACGUUGAGGGGCCAAGCAGGAUGCCAUCAGUACCCUCAUCCUGGACCCCACUAAUGAUCAGGUGGUCCCUCUGCUGCUGAGUCUAUUCCCAGGCUGCUCCGUGUCAGAUGUUCUGUCCAGUGAAAUGGCCAGGACGGUCAAAGCCCAGCUGAUGGACAGCAUCCAGGCCUGCAAACAAUCUGCAUCCUCCGUGCUAAGAAUGUGCAGUGAGCUUGACAAGAUAACCCUGUCGCAUGACGCAGACAGCCAGUCUGACAGCCAAUCCUCAGAGGACCAGUUCGACCAGGGGGCGGAGCCUCUUAAAGCCUGUGUGGCCCCGCAGGAGGUAUACCAGCAGAUUGUCAGGAUCAACCAGCAGGUGAAGCGAUCAGUGCGAUUGGCCCUCGAAUGGCGGCAGCCUCUACAUUAUGACGGGCCCCGUCUGUCCCCCGGCUGCACAGUGGAACAGGAGCAAUCUGCACUGGGCUCAAAGGACAGGCCAUACCACUGGAGGAAGUUUGGGGGGUUUGGAGUGAAUUCCAAAUGAGCAGCAACACUAUGGCAUUUACUACUGUUCAGUUGACAUGGUGGAACUGUUGGUCCACUGUUGCUCUUCAGCCCUCUGAGCUUGAGUGUGGCCAUAGUAAUGUAGAGGUUGUGAUGGUACCAUAUUGUUCUUAAUCCAAUAGGUGUCAGUAGAGGCACAAUUUUCCAUAGUUCCACCUCACCUGUUUGGAUUUAUUUAAUUGAUCCAUUAAUCUAGAUUGUCAGGGCACAAUGAUUUUGUUAUGGUAUUUUCCUCAAGUUUUUGUAUUGUUUAUGUCCAUAGAUUAACAUGCAUAUGGAGACAUUUGAAGGGCGUAUGACAAAAGGGAAUAGGUGGGGCAGUUCAGUGAUAUGACAGACAUAAAGGAUGGAGAUACUGUACUGUAGCUCUAUUGUGUCGGUUCUAUAAGCUUGAGAAUUUAGUUGAAUGGUAAUACCAUUGUCUGUUUAGCUAUUUUUUUUAACAGUAUACAGUAAACCUUUAUUUUUAACAGAUUGUUUUGUGUUGGAAAUUUGUCUGAAAAGUAUGUUUUGCCAAAUUAAAAGAUAUUUAUCCAGAUUAUA